CACACACUAGUAUGCCUUACCGCCUCAUAUGAAUCAUACAGGAGGAGAAUAGUCAUCAGACCCAUCACACUCUCAUACACACACACACACACACACACACACACAAACACUCACUCACUUAUAACUACAGGAGCUUUUACAAAGGGUAUUUUGGCGUUGGACUGUUAUAUUAGACAUACACAAACACACAGGCAUCUGUUCCAGAACAAUAAUUGAUUAUCGACAAAAACUAAAGUGCCAUUGAAAGAAGACAUGGAUUUCCUCAUAUAUUCUCUGCUGUUGAUGUCUGUCCAGUAUAUUUCAGCUGAUAGCAUUGGAACCAAUGUAUCAACGAUCUUACCCACAACACAAGGCCCCACAAGCACAGCUGUGACAUCACAAAAAACCCUGCCAAGUCAUGUGACCACAAGUGCAGCGAAAGAAAAGGGGCAUACAGAAGCCAUUGUAACUUUGACGCCACUUGUCAGUACAAAAGGGAGCCCCUCCAUUAUUAGCUCCUCCUCUUCCACAGAGGCACAGCAAACUGGCACAGCAGGCAAUUUUACAAGGUUCCACUCCACGGCCUCAUCACCGAUAUUCUUAACAAGUCCAGGUUCUCAAAUGGAUGAGGUCUUAACUUUCACUCCACACCCAUCUACCUCCAACUCAAGUCCACAGUUGUUGGAGGCAACAACACCAACCCAGAGUAACUCCCAAAAGAACUCAUUACUGGAACCAUCUCCCACUCCUACGACACAGCCAGGAAGUAGCCUCACCAUGCUGGCCUUUGGAGUGAUGGGGGUCAUUCUCAUUCUCAUCGUCACCAUGGUGAUUUUGGUGACAGCUGUAAAUAUGAGAGGAUGGUGCAAUAACAACGAGGAAAAAGGUAAAAAGAGUUUGGAAUCUGUCAUCAUUGACAGCAACUUUGCAACCAAUGGAGAGAAAGAGAGCAUCACACUUGUCUCUGUGAGGACCCUUAAUACAGAAAGUGAUACAGAUUCUCCUCACCUUUCAUCGGUCCACAGCACAAUGUUAGACAAUGAGGAACUAUAGAGGUCUGCAAAGAUUAACUCAUCUCAGAGUCUGAACUCAAAGCUGGAUGAAUACAAGAAGAGUCUGCAGCAACACUACAAAAAAGUUUUAAUUAGGCUACUGAAUAAAUAUAGUUUAUUUGAUGUUAUUUAUUUAGUGAUAGGACAGAGUCUACAUGACUGGUUGAUUGGCUCUAUGCUACUCCAGUAGCCUCAUUGACACCAGACCGCAUAUCUCAAUUGAGAGUGGGUCUGGAAAGGUUUCAUUGACUUAUGACUUCGAGGGCUGUAACUAGCAGUGAAAUAAAAAAUGGGUGCAUUAAAAUCUUACCAAAUCA